GACGAGUUCGGACUCGAAAGGGCGCCAAGUUUAACUGCCAAGUUUGAAUCUUUGAAUCAAGAGAAGCUCUUAUGGAGUGCUCGAACAUCGUUCGGAAGCUGGAGAGGAUCGAUCGAAGGACCUCCGGCGGGGUCGCCUCUGUGCCAUCCUUAGUCGACAGUGUCUGACUUCGGUUUUUCGGGUUGAGAAUCUCUCGACCUGAUCCGAUCGGACACCGGAGCGGACUCGAAUUUGGUAAAGAUUCGUGGAAAUGAUUCAAAGAAGACCGGGCCUGCUCGAGCGGGCGAUGAAGAGUUCGUGGCGCAGAUUUGUGCCUUGUCUAAUGGCGAGUUCGAAUUCUUGAACCCUGUGCUCUGUAAAUACUGUCGCAGGUCGGAGACUGAAGUCGGCCUGCGAUUGCUUUACAGCGAUAGGAGACUUCAGAUCGUGCAAAUCGCCGCAGCCGCGUCCGAAAGUGCGUCUGUGAUCUGAUAUCGCGGUCGGUGCUGAUCUGAUCAGUGCGAAGGGCAGUGAGCUGCAUCAGCACCAAGCGACGAAUCUGUGCGAGUUGAGGUUGAGGAGUGACCACAUACUUGGCGCGAACGGAUCACAAAACAGCUCUCUUUUUACUGAGAUUUUCCCGGACAAGACCCUUAAUGUCAGUGUUGCGAGGAUCAUAGACAUGUCGGUCUGCGCUUAGUCGUGGUGCGAAGGGAUAUUUAGCCAUGGAUCGAUCGCCUGCUAGACCGAGGAAGUUAAGUGUUGCGUCGUCCACUGGAGCUAAUAAGGGCAAGGGCAAGCGACCAAGCAGCUCCAGCUCCGCAAUAUCCAGGAGGCAAACCACUUAUGAGGUGCCAAACCAAAAGAAGGGAAAGAAAAAAGCACCUCUCGAUUCACAAGAAAAACCUGUUCCGAUUUCUGCUUGGUCUGCAAGUUCACCGCCUCCUCUACCGUUUGACGAGUUUGAUGAAGAAUACAGUAAUGCUCCACAUUACAGACCCGCCAAUUCUUCACAUCCCACUCAGCUCUGCGAACAUGUUCCACCGAAAACCAUGGGAACUUGCAAGCCUGGCUCACGUGGAUUGUCUACGGGCUCUAGGCCAGGGUCUUCAGCUCGGUGCCCCAGCCCCAUAACUUUAGGCGCUCCCAUUUUCCGGUCUGGUAGUCCAGUUUUUAACCCUCCGAAAGUUUUCCCCCCUUAUCAAAUGGAGUUUCCUCAAACUUUUGUCACAGACAUGGACGACCACGAAGUAGGAGUUGUAGAUGCUUUGGAAAAACCAUGUGAUCCCAGUGAAUACAUGGAUUGGGCUUCUGAGUCCAGCUUCUCGACGAUCGCGAGUCCUGUGCGGACUACCACCACUUUACAUCACUUUGAUCCUACCGACUGUGGAAGCUAUCCGCCCAAAGCUGAGGAUAUGUUACCAUUCCCUCCUUGCAAUAAACGAAAGCGAAGGCUGGAUGAGUUGGAUAUCGACGAGGAUUUGCUUCAUCAGCCAGAGACUGAUGUGCAGCCCCUUGAGGAUCACCCUGAACCAUUCGAUGUGCAGCCUCGAGCCAUUGACAGACCUCGCAAGAAGGGGAAACCUACGAGGCUAACCCUCCCUCUUGAACUUUUUGAUAACCCGGAUAUGGAUCUCGUUCACCCGUCGCUUCUUAUUGAGGAGGCAAUCAAAAGGGGCGAGCGCGGCUUGCGAGCCAGGACUAGAUUCUAUACGAAUGAUGGAAAGGCCUCUUGGAGGCCAUGUGAAGUUUUCAGCUGGGACAAAAAAACUGACACUUACAAAAUUGAGUGGCUCAGUCCAAGUGGCGGGCCCACGGGAAAGACUAAAAUCAUUGGGAGGCUAAAUCUUCUUCUCGACUGUGAAAGUGAGGGGAACUUUGUUGCAAGACUUGUUGCAGCAAAAGAGCUUCGAAGAAGAGUGGAGACGCAAAUGGUGAUCAAAUCAUGACUUUUACUGGGAGAGGUAUACAGAAUUCCUCGAAACCAUACCCUUCCUUAAUCCUGAAGGGGUGGAUGACAAUCUGUUGCUACGGCUUAUGGAGCGUGUUGGAAGAAAUCUCAGCCUCAGGUAUUCCGAAAUCGUAACCAGCUUUAUGGAGGAGUUGAAGGUUGAUUACCAUACGGCUGUAAACAAGGCAAUUUUGGACUUUCGGUUUGCAGUAGCUGAUGACGAAGAACGGGCCCACUUUUACGGUCUACAGAUUUUUCCUGGACCUGAGUCAGUCAGGCCCAUUCCCAGGCAGGGGUGUUUGCCAGUACCUUACUCACCAGCUUCACCGUACAUAGCACUACGGGAAAGCAUUGUGCUGAACCUGGUCCUAGCAGAGGAAUGCUUUUUGAUGGUGUUGCAAACGUUUUAUAAAGAUAUGGAUGUGAGCAACACAUUGCUAGUUAAUCCACAAAUAUUUAUUCUUCCAAGGCCCUUGGGAGUAGAUGACUUCCGUAUUAUGCAAGAUGAGUACACCAGAGAUAUAGCAGACAACUUCAGAGCCGUAUGGAUCAUGCGGGUUCUAGGGCUCAUUGAUGAGGUCGUUCCCUCCGGCGCGAAUCUUCUCGACGCACCGAAACAAAGGCUUUUGAGUGUUGUCUCCCGCUUGUCACUGUUAAUGAGUGAGCAACUUCAGCACGUUGUCAUGCAAUCUGUUGAAGUCUUUAAGCGAAUCUGGAUGGACUAUUUUGUGGCACGGGAGUCAAAAGAUGAGGAAAUAAAGCCUCUGCCAAUAGGAGUGAGAAAGGAUCCGCUUUUCAGGAUCAAACUUCUACUGGACUAUGACCAUUUUGAGUUUCUACCGAAGCUAGAAGCUGUUGAGAACACAAUCCAGAGUCUACUGGAAGGCAUUGUUGAGUCAGUGAAAGGAAUGGACGAUCUCCAGACCAGGUUGACAGACAUUUUUAAGCAUUAUCAGCCGAAGGAAAUGACUACUAUAAACAUAGACGACAAGAAGGUCACUGGAACAUGGAGUGUUAUCCAGGACAUUUUGCAUCAGAGUUUUGUCCAGCCCAAAUCCCUGCUUGAUCGCUUUAUGGCGUUUAAAGAUCUGGCGGCCACUGAUGUCCUGAGCAAGAUUACGGACUGGAAAGCUGGAAAUCAUUCUCUUGAGCAGUAUGAAGAAGAAGUAACUCGCUACCAAGAGGUCGCAGAUGCAGCUUUGAGAAGUUCUGAAAGAGAGACUAGCUUUGAACUGUUUGUAGUCAACUGCGAAACACUAUGUAAUGACCUUUCUGCCAAAGCGAGGAGCAUUGCCGAUCAUCUUCUCACACAAAUAAUGGAGGCAACGACAGUAAAGAAUGGAGAAACUCGCACAAAAUAUGAAGCCAUAGAAACUGUGAUGUUGGGUCCAAUUGAUAAUGCGGAGCAGCUGGAUAAAAUGAGAGCAUACAUGCUGGAGAGCAAAGAUCCUCUUUACAAGCUAAAGGAUGAAGUCGAAAAUACCAAGAAGGUUUGGGCCAUGCUUCAGCGAAAGUCAUUUGAUGUUCCAGAUUAUCACAGUGAGUUCUAUUGGAUUACAGUGGGAUGGCCUCAACGAAUUGCGUUAGCUAUCAAUGCUACCGAAACAAGACUUGCACAGCAAAGGGUGCUCUUCAUAAAUGACCUCAUGAGACAAACUAAAGAGCUUAAGGCAGACAUCAAGGUUCUAGCUGUGGAGUGCCAAGAUUUUAUGAAGCUUGGGGACAUCGAAGCGGUUGAGGAAAGGACCGUUUAUCUCGGAGAAAUUGAAGAAAAGCUGAAGCAAUGUUUUGAAAAGCAAGAGCUCUUCAACAGUCGCGAAGCGAUAUUCGAUCUUAUGAUUACAGAAUUCCCAGAAUUGGAUGCACUCAAUGCUGAGUUUGAGAACUGCGCUUUGAUCUGGCACACAGCUUGGGACUUCUUGAAAGUUCUUCCCGCAUGGAUGGAUGGUCCUUUCUCCAACUUAGAUGCGGAAGAAGUCCAAAACAAUGUUGAAAUGUGGUACAAGAACUCUGCCAAGUGUUGUAAGGUGUUGACGAACGAGUCGAAAAUAGUAGCAGAAGAAACGAAGAGAAGAGUGGAAAAAUUUCAGGAAAAUGUGCCCAUGAUCUGUGCUCUUCGCAAUCCUGGUAUGAGAGAUCGCCAUUAUAAGAUGUUAAGUGAAAGGCUGGGUUUUGAAGUCCGAUCAACACCAUCCUUCACAGUCAAUGCCGCUCGAGACUUGGAGCUUCAGAAGUACAUGCCGAUUCUUGAUGAAGUUAGUGAGUUCUCAACUAAAGAGUAUGGAGUCGAGCAGAAUUUGGACAAAAUGCAAGGUGCAUGGACAGGUGUUAAAUUCGAAUAUGCUGCGUGGAGAGGAACAGGGACACAUAUCUUGCGAGGUGUAGAUGAUUUGCAGAUGAUGCUAGAAGAGCACCUUGUCAAAACACAGUCAAUGCAAACAUCUCCGUAUAUCGGGCCGUUUGAAGAUAGAGUAAAGUUGUGGCUUGUAAAGUUGAACCUCGUUCAAGAGUGUCUGGAUGAAUGGUUGAAAUGCCAGCAGGCUUGGAUGUAUCUUGAGCCCAUCUUUACUUCAGAAGAUAUCAUGCAGCAGAUGCCCGUCGAAGGGCGACGAUUUAAAGCAGUUGACGCAUCAUGGCGAAAAAUUAUGGAAAAGUUAAUAAAGAAUCCAGAAGUUCUUAUUGCAGGAGCUGAUGAAGAGCUGCUUAACACCUUCAAGGAAAACAACAAACAGCUUGACAAUGUGAACAAGGGACUCAAUGACUACCUCGAAACAAAGCGUCUCGCAUUUCCCAGAUUCUAUUUUCUGUCCAAUGAUGAGCUUUUGGAGAUUCUGGCAGAAACAAAAGACCCGCUUAGAGUGCAGCCAUUUUGUAGAAAAAUAUUUGAAGGCAUUAACCGUCUUGUCUUCGAACCAAACCUUGACAUCGUCGCUAUGUUAAGUGAAGAAGGGGAGAGAGUGGAUUUCAUCUUUCAUUUUAACCCAAAAACAGCUCAAGGCGCUGUCGAGAAAUGGCUCAUUGAGGUUGAAGACGCGAUGAGAACGAGCUUGCAAGAUGUGUGUAGGAGGGCAUUUGAAGCCUAUGCUAUAUCAGACAGGAUCCAGUGGAUAAUAGAUUGGCCAGGUCAGAUCGUUCUUUGUGUAUCGCAAAUGUAUUGGACUCAAGAAGUGACUGAGAGCAUACGUAAAGGAACUUUAGGAGUAUACGAGCAGAAGUGCACAACUCAACUUCAGGCAGUUGUUAGCAAAGUCCGGGGACAACUUACGAGCCUUGAGAGGAAAACAAUUUGCGCGCUGAUUGUUAUCGAUGUGCAUGCUCGUGAUGUGGUGAAGGAGCUUGCAGAUGCCAGUGUGUCUGAUGAAACUGACUUUGACUGGAUUUGUCAGCUUAGGUAUGCGUAUGAAGAGGGCAUUGUAAUGGUGCGGAUGAUCAAUGCAGCGAUUGCGUACUUCUAUGAGUACCUGGGAAAUAGUUCACGUCUUGUCAUAACUCCUCUUACAGAUCGCUGCUAUCGAACGCUUAUGGGAGCUCUCCAUCUCAACCUUGGUGGAGCGCCUGAGGGUCCUGCGGGAACCGGAAAAACAGAGACAACGAAGGACCUUGCAAAGGCCAUAGCUAUGCAGUGUGUGGUUUUCAACUGUUCAGAUGGUUUAGACUACUUGGCUAUGGGAAAGUUUUUCAAGGGACUGGCAAGCUCUGGUGCUUGGGCUUGUUUCGAUGAAUUCAAUCGUAUCGAUCUCGAGGUGCUCAGUGUCAUUGCCCAGCAAAUUUUGACCAUACAGCGAGCAAAGGCAGCACACUUGAAGCAAUUCGAUUUCGAAGGGACGAAAAUAUCCCUUAAACCUACUUGUAGUGUUUUUAUCACAAUGAACCCUGGAUAUGCUGGGCGUUCUGAGUUGCCAGAUAACUUGAAAGCUCUUUUCCGAAGUGUGGCGAUGAUGGUUCCAGAUUACGCUUUGAUUUCUGAGAUUACUCUUUACUCAUUUGGGUAUCUUCAAGCCAGAGAACUGGCCAGAAAACUGGUGGCUACCUACCGUCUUUGCAGUGAACAGUUGUCGAGCCAAAAUCACUACGAUUAUGGUAUGAGAGCAGUUAUCUCAGUACUCAGAGCAGCCGGUGCUGUGAAGCAGAAGUAUCCCAAGGAAAAAGAAGAUGUGCUUAUGCUUAAGUCGCUCAAAGAUGUAAACUUGCCAAAGUUUCUUGCUCAUGACAUACCGCUUUUCGAAGGGAUACUGAUGGAUCUAUUUCCGGGAGUGAGUUUGCCACCCCCCGACUACGAGGUUAUGGAAAAACAUGUGCGCUUCAACUGCGAAAAGUUCAACCUGCAGCCAACGCCUGUAUUUUUAGAAAAGAUUUACCAGUUGUAUGAGAUGAUUCUGGUCAGACACGGAUUGAUGCUCGUCGGUUAUUCUUAUGGGGCCAAGACGGAGUGCUACAGGGUUUUAGCUGCUGCACUGACAGAUAUGAAAGCUGCAAACGAAAAUGAGCAGAUAACAAAGUGCUACAUCGUCAAUCCGAAGUCAAUAUACAUCGGGCAACUUUACGGACAAUUCGAUCCCGUCUCGCAUGAGUGGACAGAUGGUGUUCUAGCCAAACAGUUUCGAAUUGCAGCAGUUGAGCAGACACCAGACCGAAAAUGGAUAAUAUUUGAUGGCCCAGUUGAUGCGGUGUGGAUUGAGAACAUGAAUACUGUACUAGAUGACAACAAGAAGUUGUGCUUAAUGAGUGGCGAAAUUAUUCAAAUGUCUCCUCCUAUGAAUCUCAUAUUUGAAGUGCAAGAUCUCGCAGUAGCAUCUCCAGCAACAGUGAGUCGCUGUGGUAUGGUCUAUGUGGAGCCGAGCCAAAUUGGCUGGAGACCUUUGAAAACAUCCUGGUUGAGGAUGAUGAAAGAAACCUAUAGUCAGAUUGGUGAUAAUAUGCCAAUGGUCGAUUCUAUGACAGAAUGGCUUGUGGAUCCAUGCAUAGAUGUUGUGAAAAAGUACUGUAAGGAACCUGUUCCCACGUCGCCUAUUAAUUUGGCAAAAAGUUUUAUGAAUCUAUACGAGAGCUUACUCGACGAAUUCAAAACUCCUGUUGUGAAAGUGAAACGAGGAUCGCAAGUUUCAUCAGCUGUCGAAUAUGAGGGCCUUCCUGCUCCUAAAGGCGAUGAUGCGGUUGUUUGGUUACAAGGCUUGUUCGUGAUGGCACUUAUCUGGUCCAUUGGAGCUUCAAUUGAUGGGGAUGGAAGGGCAAAGUUCAACCUUUUUCUACAUAAACUUCUCGCAAAAGAAGAUAACUUAGGCUUGGAACUAAGUGCUGGCAUGGUAGUAAAGAAACCCGAGUUUCAGUUUGUGGCUCUUUUGCCUGAGAUCGGCUCCUGUUACGAUUUCACCUUUGUCAAGGCAGAAAUGACGUGGAAGAACUGGUUAGAGGUCUCUGAUAGACGAGGGCCCCUGCCUGACGCACAAUAUAACGAGAUUGUGGUUACGACCAUAGAUGUUGCUCGAUACUCAAUUCUCCUGGUGUUGCUGGUUACACACCAUAAACAUGUCCUAUUUGGUGGUCCUACUGGUACAGGGAAGACUGUAUAUGUCAAACAUCAGCUCACCCAGGGUCUUGACAAAAACUUGUUCAGAAACAUAAUGAUGACUUUUUCUGCCCAGACAAAUGCCAACCAAACCCAGGAUAUUAUCGACACCAAGCUCGACAAGAGGCGUAAGCAAGUCUAUGGGCCUCCAGUGGGAUCCAGAUGUGUAGUUUUUGUAGAUGACUUGAAUAUGCCAUCUCUCGAAACUUACGGUGCUCAGCCCCCUAUAGAGAUACUUCGUCAGUGGAUGGAUCAUGGUGGAUGGUAUGAUCGAGAAGAAAACUGCUUCAGGCAGAUUGUGGACAUACAGUUUGUGACUGCUAUGGGACCCCCAGGGGGUGGACGCAACCCUGUGACUCCUCGAUAUCUACGACAUUUCAACUUAUUAUACAUUAUCGACUUUGAUGAUGCCAGUUUAACCACUGUCUUUGAUACCAUAAUCGAAUGGUGGGUUAGAAAAUGUCGAAUGCCGCACGAGAUGAAUGUAAAUGGGAAGCUGCUGGUAGCAACAACGAUUGACAUUUACCGGGCGAUUCAACGAGAGCUUCUUCCCACUCCUGCUAAAUCUCAUUACACAUACAACAUGCGAGAUGUGUCGAAGGUAUUCCAGGGUUUGUCACAGGUGAAUGCAGUCCCCGACAAGAAAGCCUUGAUUCGGCUCUGGUGUCAUGAAGCCCUGCGCGUCUUCCAUGACAGACUUGUCAAUGAUGAAGAUCGAACUUGGUUCAUGGAGUACAUGCAAGGGAAAGUAGAGGAAAAGUUAACGGUGAAGUGUGACUACGUCUUCGGAGUUGAAGGAGGAGUCAAAGAAAUCAAUCAGGCUUUGAAGCUAUUAGCUUAUGGAGAUAUUAUGGAUCAAACUUCGGUCCCCAGAAAGUACGAAGAAAUACCAGAUCAAGAAAAACUUUUAGCCGCAAUGAACGAAGGAUUGAAGGAGUUCAAUGCGCAAACUCGAAAUCCCAUGGCACUGGUUUUGUUUACAUAUGCUGCCUCUCAUGUGUUACGCAUUGGUCGAAUAAUCAGGCAACCAUUUGGAAAUGCUUUGCUGGUAGGCUUUGGCGGAGUUGGUCGCCAGUCUCUAACGAAGCUAGCCACCUUCAUGGCAGGAUUUAACCUUUUCCAGGUGCAAAUCAGCAAAUUGUAUGGGGCUGUUGAGUGGGAGGAUGAUCUCAAGUUAGUGUUGAAGAAGGCGGGUGCAGACAAUGUUCCAACCGUUUUUUUGUUCAAUGACACACAAAUCAAGAUGGAGAGAUUUCUUGAAGACAUCAAUAACAUUCUCAAUACGGGCGAGGUACCAAACCUGCACGCAAAGGAUGAAAUAAUGGCCAUAUUUGAGGUGAUUAGGCCUCGGGCAAAGAAAGCUGGCAGAGAUGGAUCUACUCUAGAGAUGUAUAUGUUCUUUGUCGAACAGUGCAGGAAGAACUUGCACAUGGUGAUUGCGAUGAGUCCAUUUGGUGAUGCUUUUCGAACCCGCUUACGUAUGUUCCCGUCUCUUGUCAAUUGUUGCACGAUCGACUGGUUCAGUGAAUGGCCGGCAGAAGCUCUCAAGUCCGUCGCCACCAACUUCAUUGCCACUAUAGAUCUUGACUCCGAGACGACCCAAAAGUCCAUCGUAGACAUGUGCAUGAUGUUUCAUCUGGAUGCCCAGAAUUUAUCGCAUCAGUUUUUUCAAGAAGCACAACGCCACUUUUAUAUAACCCCAACCUCAUACCUGGAGCUUCUGGGGACAUAUAAAGACCUUCUCACUCGAAAAAGACAUGAGAUUGAUACCAUGAAGCACAGAUAUUCGGGUGGAUUGCAAAAGCUGUAUGGAGCUGAAGAACAGGUUUCGGUAAUGAAGCAAGAGCUAGAAGCGCUCCAGCCUGUUCUUCUGAAAACAGCAGAGGACACAAAUGCUCUCUUGAAAAAGAUAGCAGCCGAUCGAAAAGAAGCUGAAACGACUCGGGCACUAGUGGAGAAGGAGGAAGCAGUGGCAAACGUUAAAGCUAUUGAGGCGAAAGAAAUCAAAGACGAUUGUGAGUCCGAGUUAGCAGUGGCCAUGCCUAUGCUCGAGUCUGCUCUAGCGGCUUUAGACACACUCACCAAAGCAGAUAUUACAGAAGUUAAAGCAAUGAAGAAUCCUCCAAAGCCAGUGAAGAUUGUGAUGGAGGCCUGUUGCAUUAUGAAGGAGGUGAAAUCCAAAAGGAUCCCUGAUCCCAAUAAACCAGGGGCGAAGAUUGAGGACUUCUGGGGGCCUGCCCAACAAAUGCUUGCGGACACCCAAUUUUUGCCUUCUCUAAAAGAUUUCGAUAAGGACAACAUCAAUCCGAAGAUUAUUGAAAAAAUUCGCCCUUAUCUUCUGCUUCCCGAAUUCGUUCCGGAGGUGGUGCAGAAAGCAUCGAAAGCAGCUUAUGGACUGUGCUGUUGGGUGAGGGCAAUGGAAAGUUAUGAUCGGGUCGCAAAGGUCGUGGCACCCAAGAAGGCUAAACUAGCUGCGGCAGAAGCUGAAUUCAAGGAACUGCAGACAGCACUUGCCGCUAAGAAGGCAAUGCUGCAAGAAGUACAGGCCAAGCUACAAAAGCUGCAAGAGAAACUGGACAUUAUGGAAGGAAAAAAAGCUCUGUUGGAAGCGGAAGUAAACAAUUGUCAGAAGAAACUGGGUCGUGCAGAGAAACUCAUUGGAGGCUUGGGUGGAGAGAAAGUACGCUGGAAUUCUGUAGGUGACGAACUGGGAAAGGUCUAUAUCAAUUUGACCGGAGACGUCCUUCUGGCAUCGGGAUAUAUUGCUUACCUGGGACCAGUAACUCUAUCCUACAGGGAGCACUUGCUCAAGAAAUGGGGUGCAACUUGUAACGAGAGAAAUAUUCCAAGUUCUCCAACAUUCAAAUUAGCCACGGUUCUUGGCAGCCCAGUCACAAUUCGAGAUUGGGUGAUUGAUGGUCUCCCUAAUGACAGCUUCUCCAUCGACAAUGGCAUCAUUAUACACAAUUCUAGACGCUGGCCGCUACUGAUUGAUCCACAAGGUCAAGCAAAUAAGUGGAUCAAGACAAUGCAGAAGAAGAAUAAUUUGCAGGUUAUGAAACUCUCUGACGGAGAUUUCGUUCGAAAGCUUGAGAAUUGCAUCACUUUUGGCUAUCCUCUACUCCUCGAAAAUGUCAUGGAGGAACUCGAUCCAACUUUGGAGCCGUUACUCGCUAGAGCUGUUUUCAAAAGUGCCGGAUCACUUCAGAUUCGUCUCGGUGAUAGUGUGAUUGAGUACAAUGACAAGUUUCGUUUCUACAUUACGACUAAAAUGAGAAAUCCUCACUAUGCUCCUGAGAUAUCGGUCAAAAUUAGCCUUCUGAAUUUCAUGAUAACGCCCGAAGGUUUAGAAGAUCAAUUAUUGGGUAUGGCAGUAAAGAAUGAAAGGCCAGAUCUCGAGGAGGAAAAGACGCAGCUUGUAGUUCAAGGUGCAGAGAAUCAGCGCCAGCUUAAGGAUAUCGAAGAUCGAAUCAUUCAGAUCUUGUCAAGCUCAGAAGGGAAUAUAUUAGAAGACGAAACAGCUAUCGAGAUCAUUUCCUCAUCGAAGGUCCUCUCAGUUGAAAUAGCAGAAAAACAGAAAGUUGCUGUCAAAACAGAAGCUCGUAUCGAUGAAGCACGAAAGGGAUAUAUUCCAGUCGCAGUACACGUUGCAUCCUUAUUUUUUACCACUGCGGAUCUUUGUUGCAUAGACCCUAUGUAUCAAUAUUCUCUCACCUGGUACAUGGGUCUCUUUUUCAAUGCAAUGAGGGACUCAGAGAAGUCAACAACUCUGGCUACGCGACUGGAAACAUUGAACACGUUUUUUACUUAUUUACUCUACUGCAAUAUAUCUCGCAGUCUUUUUGAAAAAGAUAAAAUGUUACUCUCUUUUUUGAUCUGUGCCACCAUAUGGCUGAAGCAGGGGAAAAUACUUCAUGAAGAAUUUAGUUUCUUCGUGAUAGGUGGACUGACUCUCUCUGGCGAGCAGGCAAAGAAUCCUGUGAACUGGCUCGCUGAUAAGCUGUGGACAGAGAUGAUAAUUCUUUCGAGCCUUCCCAACUUCGGGGGCUUUUCUGAUGAUUUCUCUAAGAACCCAAAUCAGUGGAAACCAUUGUAUGAAAGUCCUACACCGUACAGAGCAAAUUUUCCUGGAAAAUGGGAAAAGCUAAACAUUUUCCAGAAGCUGCUGGUGGUAAAAAUUUUCCGCCCAGAGAAGGUUGUGGAAAGCGUGAACGAUUUUGUCUUCGCAGCUAUGGGUCAAAAGUACAUGGAUCCACCUCAGUUUGACUUAUCUUUGGCGUACCCCGACUCCAGCAAUAUCACUCCUUUGGUUUUUGUCCUUUCUGCGGGUUCAGAUCCUAUGGCAACACUGCUAAAGUUUGCGGAAGGCAUGAAACAAAAUGUUAAUACAGUUUCACUUGGUCAAGGACAAGGACCGAAAGCCGCCGAAAUGAUCGAUAAGGGAACACGAACUGGCGACUGGGUCGUAUUGCAGAACUGUCACCUGGCUGCUUCAUGGAUGCAGCAUCUGGAGAGAAUUGCAGAAAACAUAAAUCCGGAACAUGCAAACAUCACUUUUCGACUGUGGUUAACUAGCUACCCGUCUGAUCAAUUUCCAGUUUCCAUUCUUCAAAACAGCGUCAAAAUGACCAAUGAAUCACCCAAGGGCUUGCGUGCUAACAUGCUGCUGAGCUACCAAAGUUACCCUCUCAGUGAUCCAAAAUUCUUCGGCCAAGUGACUGGAGACAAGGGUGCUGUAUGGAGAAAGAUGGUCUUUGGCUUAGCUUUCUUCCAUGCCUCUGUCCAAGAGCGCCUCAAGUACGGACCUUUAGGGUGGAACAUACCUUACCAGUUCAGCGAUCCUGACCUGAAAAUCAGCAUUCGGCAGCUGCAGUCUUUUCUCAUAGAGUAUCCAGACAGUAUUCAGUUCAAGGCUCUUAUAUAUUUGACCGGAGAGUGCAACUAUGGAGGUAAGGUUACCGAUGCACACGAUCGCAGAACGCUGAUGAGCAUUCUGCACGUAUUCUACUGUCCUUCCAUUCUUGACGACGACUACAGGUUUUCCCCAUCGGGCACGUACUACGCACCACCCGAUGGCAAGUUCCAAGACUACAUUGACUUCAUCAAGGAGUUUCCUCUGCAGGCAAAGCCGGAAUGUUUCGGACUGCAUGAAAAUGCAGACAUCACUAAAGAUCAGCAAGAAAGCAACCUCUUGCUUCAUUCUGUCCAAGCCACCAUGGCAAAUACAGGCAGCUCCGGUGGGCGUAGUCGAGAUGAAGUGAUCUUAGAAGUGGCUGCUGAUAUAGCUGCCAAGCUGCCUGGACAGUUUGAUGUGGAUAUGGCUAGACUAAAAUACCCAGUCAAGUAUGAAGAGAGCAUGAACUCAGUCCUCCACCAAGAAAUGAUUCGAUACAACAAGCUUACAGACGUGAUUCGAAGCAGCUUGGUUGUGGUACAAAAGACAUUAAAGGGAUUGGUAGUCAUGUCGUCAGAAAUCGAGAAGUUGGCAACAAGCAUGUUUCUCGGAAGAAUGCCGGCCAUGUGGGCCCCGUUCUCAUACCCGACGAUGAAGCCGCUGCUGAGCUAUGCAGCUGAGUUGUAUGAGAGGCUAAAAAUGCUUCGAGACUGGAUGACGAACGGAGCUCCACCGAAGUUUUGGAUCAGUGGGUUCUUCUUCACCCACGCGUUUUUGACAGGAGUGCUCCAGAAUUAUGCUCGGAAGCACCGCAUUCCAAUCGACACGGUGGGCUGGAACUUCAAGUGCAUGCCCAAGGGAGGUAACUAUGACAAGAAGCCUGAAGACGGGUGCUACAUCUAUGGCAUGUCUCUGGAGGGGGCAAGGUGGGACGACAACGAUAUGUCCCUGGCAGAGUCCGAUCCCAAGGUGCUCUUCUCACCUGCGCCACUCAUCUGGUUACAGCCGUGCGUCGUCGCAGACAAAAAGAAGUUCCCCUGCUACUCCUGCCCGCUGUACCGGACUACCGAAAGGCGAGGCGUGCUGGCCACAACCGGACACUCCUCAAAUUUCGUCAUCAACAUAGAUCUGCCCUCGGAAAAGUCUCAGGAUCAUUGGAUCCGUCGCGGUGUUGCCAUGCUGCUCACUCUGAGCGACUGACCAACCGACUAACUACCUGCUCCGGAGCUGGCCCAUGCCCUCGCCCGGCGUCCGACCGCAGAAACGCAUCAACAGUUGCACCGAAACAUGUCUUUGCGUACUCAUCCCGAUUCAGUGCCACCGCGAGCCUCACGCAUCUCCCCUGCCAAACCAUCCGGUGCCAAGUAGAGUGAACCAUUCCUCCGCCCCCACAUCCUUGCACACAAGCCCAAUUCGGCAUAAAAAUAGCAACCGCCAUUCUUCUCCUCAACCCCAGCACUCAUUUGUUCUUUCUUCAGUCUCCUCGAGCUCGCUUCUCCUCCUCCAUAGAGCCGAAGCGAGACUACACAAACUCUCCUCGGACUGUAAAGCGAGACCGGUGCACGAAAGUACUCGUGCCCCGACCAUGUCCGUGGGCCCCGGCCUCCAGAUGAAGUCCGACGGUCAAGCCUUUGAAUUGCGACGUGACCAGUCUCUGCUGCACUAGAUUCCCGAUACCCCUACGUAAACCCUUUCAUCUACCCAGUUCAUGAGUGGGCGAUUGCAAUGUGCAGCUGCCUCGGUCGCUUGAGUUCGAUCCACUGCAGGU